AUGACGGGCUUAAGUGACGACGAGAAAGAAUGCGCCAAAGCAGUAUCGUUUGAAGACCUGAAUCCUCGUCGCAAAUCCGUCAUGAUCAGUUCCAUCAUUAAGAGUUCCAUUACGGAUUCGAGUGAUCAACAGGCGGAAUUGAUGCGAUCGGUCAUCUUGGGUCGUACCAAUACGACCCGCGAUGUCUUUCAAGAUGAAGAAGACGAUGACGCCGAUUCGGACGGUGGUUACUCGAAUGUUCUCAGUGUCGUCGAUUCGGUUGGAACAUCCAAUGGCGGUGGCAGUGGCGGCGUCAACAAGGAACAAUCCGAUAAAGAAAAGGAAACGAAAAAGAUUCAAGAAGAAUUGUCCAAAAAAGAAUCGGCAUCCGUCUUGUAUUUGCGUUUGUUGGUGAUUUUCGUAUUGGUCGUUACAGCCGCCGUCGUUUCUUCUGUGGUCUAUUUGAUUACCCGCAAUGGCGAAGUCUCGGAAUUUGAAACGCAAUACGAAGGUGCGGCCGGUAAAGUCACUGACGCCUUUGAGAAUAUCAUGGUCCGUAUGGAAUCCAUUGCCGGAUUGGCAGCUGUCUAUACGUCCCAAGGCAUGCAUCACAAUCCUUGGCCGUUUGUCUCGCUGGAAGACUUUUAUCCACGAGCCCGCAAUGCUUUGGAUAUUUCCGGAUCGUUGUGGAUUGGGAUGCAUCCGUUGGUACCACACCAAUAUUAUAAAGCGUGGGACGAAUUCACCAUGGAUCCGGCCAAUUAUCGAUGGGUCACACAAGCGUUGGAGUAUCAACAAAAACGAAACAUUGAACCCGUCGAAGGAACUACCAUUGGGGUCUCCAACGUAUCGGGCUAUACGACCGUCGUGGAUCCCUUGCAUUUCCUGCAACCCGAUGGAACCGCUGUACUGGAAACGGACGAUCAAGACUGGUACUUACCGCGGUGGCAGACCAGUCCGUUUUUGCACAAAGCAUUUGUCAAUGAAAAUGUCCGCAACAAUCCCAGAGAAUUCGCCACAUCCAACUACAAGAAGAAAGUACUCAGUCAUGUCGUUGCCACUGGACAGGCUGUCGCGUCGGAAUUUUACUCGGCCGAGUUUGGAUAUGCCAAUAGUUCCAAUCCGGAUACGGCCUUUCUCGCCAAUCUCCGAGGAUUACAGGCUGGAUUGGAAACGCCCUAUCACGGUGACCCCAUGACCGAUCUGUACAUUCCCAUUUUUGAUACCAUUGACAAUUCCAUUGAUAAUCCCAAUCGCACCGUCGUCGGAAUCAUGUCGUCGUUGGUCCAUUGGAAGUCCUUUUUUCGUUAUGUUCUUCCACAAAAUGUCCAUGGUAUUAAUGCCGUCUUGGAAUAUACAUGCGAUGGGAAUACCGAAGCGGAUCAUGCCAAUCGCGAUUCGUCCAAUCGAAGGACGACGCAGGCAACCAAAGUGGAUCAUGCCAACGAUCGUAGGGCGCAAACCGAGUUUGUCAUUUUCCCCAUGCAAAAUAAUGAUACCUUUCCCACAGAGAGUCCCACCGAUGUGCCAUCAUUGGACGAUGCUGCCACACGCGAUGAGCCGUUGCCUGCCGAUGCGGCUACUGCAGUGCCAACCACCAGUCCUACCGAGGCUCAGACGGCUACCGAGGAGGACAUGCCAGGAACGCAGUUCGUCGGCGAAGAAUCCCAGUUUGACAUUCCCCACGUCACCACCGAAGAACCACAAGAUAUUCACAGUGAAUCCAAGUACUUUACCAUUGUCAUUGAAGGGGUCGAAGCCUAUGCCGUCGGCCACGGAGAUUUACACGAACGCAAAUUCAAUCAAUACGAACGACGAGCUUCGUACGUCAAGAAUGACUUUAAAAUGAACGAUGGAACAUUGUCGGGGAUCCCCAUUGAUCAGACGUGUACGUACCAGCUCCGAGUCUAUCCAUCGCAGCAGUUUUACGAUCAGUACAAUACCAAUCAGGCAUGGAUCAUUACCGUGGUCAUUGCCUGUGUCUUUUUGUUUGCCAUUUUCAUGUUUUGGGUAUACAAUCUCAUGGUGGAGCAUCGACAAAAUAAAAUUCUCAAAAAAGCGACGCAGACGACCGCGCUCGUGUCCACACUGUUUCCCAAGAACGUGCGAGACAGACUGCUCGAACAAGAAGAGAGCCACAGCCACACAAACAAGUACGGAUUCGGGACGAAGUCGCGGUUGAAGGGCUUUGUGGCAGGCGAAACAGAUAGCGAUUCCGAUGUCAUGUCCUCGUCUCCCAUUGCUGACCUGUUCCCAAAUUGCACUGUCUUCUUUGGUGACAUUGCUGGCUUUACAGCAUGGAGCAGUACUCGAGAACCCGGUCAAGUGUUCAUUCUCCUCCAAAAUCUCUAUCAGACGUUCGAUCAGCUUGCAAAGCGGCGAUCAGUAUUCAAGGUCGAAACGAUCGGAGAUUGCUACAUGGCGGUUACGGGGCUUCCAGAUAAACAGCCAGACCAUGCGACGAUAAUGUCGCGCUUUGCAUUCGAUUGCUUGGUCAGCAUGAAGGAAAUUACGAAGAGGCUGGAAAGUACUCUGGGCCCCGAUACAACAGACCUCGGAAUGCGAAUCGGGUUGCACUCGGGGCCGGUGACUGCCGGAGUGUUGCGUGGUGAACGUGCUCGUUUCCAGCUCUUUGGAGACACCGUAAAUACAGCAAGUCGAAUGGAAAGUACUGGUUCAAAGGGACGCAUUCAAGUUUCGAAUUCAACAGCAAAGAUUCUCAAGGCAGUUGGAAAAGACCAGUGGCUGACGCAGCGCGAGGAUGCUGUGAAGGCCAAAGGCAAAGGCAUUAUGCGAACAUACUGGAUGACCCCAAAGAAGAACGACUCUUCCGCGGGUGGUUCGAGUGUCGGAGAUCCUGCGGAACAACAGUCGCAAAAUCGCCUCGUAGAUUGGAUUGUUUCGCUAAUGUUGGACGACAUUCGAAAGAUCGUGUAUGACCGGAAAAAGGUGGGUGGUAUCUCGAAUUUGAUGAAGGGACAAGCGGCUCCGACUUUCGUCCCGGCCAAGGGAACUACCUGUAUGGAAGAGGUGAAGACUGUCAUACAUAUGCCAAAGUUUGACUCUACAAAGCAGGCGCAUCAGAUGGGAAAAUACAAGGGAAUAUCGGUGGAAGACGACGUUGUGAAGGAGCUCACUGCCUACGUAGCCGCAAUAGCUGCGAUUUAUCGUGACAACCCUUUCCAUAAUUUUGAACAUGCCUGUCACGUCACAAUGAGUGUUAGUAAGCUUCUCAAGCGCAUCGUCACACCAGAGAUCGCUGCAAACGAGAUCAGUGGGUCUGCCACUCAAGAUAAGCUGGCCUUGACCUUACAUGACUACACUUUCGGGAUCAACAGUGAUCCACUUGCUAUGUUUGCCAUGACCUUCUCAGCUCUGAUUCACGAUGUGGAUCACAGGGGCGUAUCCAACAUGCAGCUUGGCGUGGAAGAUCCUGCGAUGAAAGAGAAGUACGACAAUAAGAGCUUAGCCGAACAGAAUUCCUUGGAUAUUAGCUGGGAUAUCUUGAUGCAAGAACGCUUUUCGAAGCUUCGCAGCUUUGUUUUUGGCUCGCAAGAAGAGCUACUGCGGUUUCGCCAGCUCAUUGUGAAUAUUGUGCUUGCCACAGACAUCUUCGAUAAGGAGCUCAAUGCGCUUAGGCUGUCUCGUUGGAAGCAUGCUUUCUCUGAAGAAAAGAUGGAAGAAGACGUACGAACGAAAAAUGACUUGCGGGCAACAAUUGUGAUUGAGCACAUUAUGCAAGCUUCGGAUGUGUCCCACACAAUGCAGCACUGGCACGUUUACCAGAAGUGGAAUCGCUGCUUGUUCAAGGAGAUGCAUGCUGCAUACCUGGAAGGACGAAUGGGAAAGGACCCCGCUACCUUUUGGUAUAAGGGAGAAAUUGGCUUCUUCGACAACUACAUCAUCCCACUCGCCAAGAAGCUCAAGGACUGUGGGGUAUUCGGAGUCAGUUCAGAUGAGUACCUUGACUAUGCCGAACAGAAUAGGGCGGAAUGGGAGGAGCGAGGGCAGGAGAUUGUGGAAGGGAUGGUGGCAGAACUCUCUCGGGAAGCUGCUGCUCUGGAUUGCUGA